CGGAGCUCGAAGACGAGAUCCUCACCGUAAAGUGUUCCCAUCGGACGGCCCCUUCCUUCCCGGCGUUCGAAAUGCCGAGGAAAGUCAAGGCCCUUCCCAUGAAUCUUAUCUAUCAAACUGGAAUCUCAACUCCGCUGGCAUCCUUCCCCCUUCUCAGACGAGCAGCCAGAUGUCCAGUGAGUUACCGGACUAUCAUGUCUUCGUCUUUGAUCUCUGACAGUGAGAAGCAAAACAAGCUUGUAUGGAUAUGGACUGAGUGCAAGGAGGUCAUGAUAGCAUCAGUUGAGAGGGGCUGGAAUACUUUCAUCUUCCCAUCAGAAUCCCGGUUUAGAGAUCUUGCUUCUGAGUGGUCAUCAAUUGCCUUGAUACAUCCGCUUUUUAUCGAAGGUUCUGAGAUUUCAAACAUGCAAAACCAAGUUGUUGCCAGGCUUUUUGAUGUUUGUUCGCCUGAAGAUUUACUAUUUAUUCAACCACAUGAACAAACAAAUGAUUUGGUCAUAAAUUUCAAGGGCGAAUGGCAGGUUAUACCAGCUGAGAAUCUUGUUGCUGCAUUUCAAGGUUGUAAGAGAACUGUUCUGGCAGUUACAACAAAUUCAUCCGAAGCUCAAGUGUUCCUUGAGGCUUUGGAGCAAGGGCUUGGUGGAGUUGUUCUGAAAGUUGAUGACAUUGGAGAAGUUUUUGCAUUAAAUAGUUAUUUUGACCAACAAAAUGAGGUGAGAAAUCUACUGAGCUUGACAAGGGCAACUGUGACACACGUCCAGGUUGUUGGAAUGGGUGAUCGUGUUUGUAUAGAUCUUUGCAGUCUCAUGCGACCCGGUGAAGGCCUUCUGGUUGGUUCCUUCGCCAGAGGGCUUUUCCUUGUCCAUUCAGAAUGCCUGGAGUCAAACUACAUUGCCAGCAGGCCUUUCCGGGUAAAUGCGGGGCCAGUGCAUGCCUAUGUGUCUAUACCCGGCGGAAAGACCUGCUACCUCUCAGAGUUGCAGGCAGGUAAGGAGGUCGUAGUGGUUGAUCGAAAUGGUAAGCAAAGGAAUGCAAUUGUGGGGCGUGUGAAGAUAGAAUCAAGGCCACUCAUACUUGUGGAGGUGAAAGAAAACAUGAGCAAUGAGAUGUAUAGCAUCCUCUUGCAGAAUGCUGAGACUGUCGGCUUAGUCUGUCCUUGUGAAGAUAAGUCUACAAAAACCGUAAUCCCAGUGACUUCCCUCAAAGUUGGAGAUGAAGUCCUGGUUAGAGUACAAGGUGCUGCGCGCCAUACUGGAAUUGAAAUCCAAGAAUUCAUUAUUGAGAGAUGAUGACAAGGUGAUGAGGAGGGAUCAUAUCACUGUAAGUGCUCAAAAUUCACUGCUGCUCUAGUGCUUGGAUGGUUACUGUGCCAAUGUUGUAUCUUUUCUCCCUAAGGGGAGCGGUCUGGGUCCUGCUGCUUGAGUUCACCAAUAAACACCAUUCUGUUAAUCUCUGGAAUUUGCCUUCUUUUUGGAGCUUGUUAGAGUGAUAUCAUUAGAAGAAAACAUCAUCAUUGACUGAUGAUUUAGAUGUUCUCAUCCUCAGUUCUGUCGAAGGUGUAUGAUCACUGGCAUUAUUUAAUAGUUAGAAAAACAAAUAAUACUUAUCAAAACAGGUCAUAAGCUAAUAGAGAACCACAAUCAAUACCAUGAGGCACACCACAACAUCACUAAUUCAUUGAAAACCAUCAUGAUAGUUUUGAAUCAAUGCAUAAUGUAAGUUACAACAUAUUGUAAGGCACUACUGCUCCUUUUACACAAAAGUAGGUGCUAUAGAAAUGCAAAACUACAAGAAAGCAAAUCAAAAUUCAAUGAGAAAAUCAUUAAAAAAA